AUGAAAGCUGUUGCUUUAAUUCUUCUUGUGACACUAGGCACAUUUUCCCAAGCCCUCCCAUUGGAUCCUGUCAAGGACUUUUUAGAUGCUGCCCAUACUGCCUUUACUGGCUCAGCGGUUAAUAACGAGAACUGUCUCAGCCUUGACGAGCAAGACGCCCUUUUCACCCGCAUAAUCAAGCUCUUCUCCGAUUUCAGCGAUUAUGCUUCCUUACAAAAACUCUACCUUGACAUUGUGAUGUCAAGCGCCGAAUUCCAAGCUUUCUUCAACGACUGCGAUAUUAGUGCUUUCACCAGCGCUGUGUCUGACAGCAUUGAAAGACUUGGCACUGAAGCAAUCCUUGACAAAAUGGUCAGCCAAUACAGCGAAAUCCAGGCCAAAAUCCAAAGCACUGUUGACCUUAUCAGCCAAGAAAACUACGCUCAAGCUGGAACUGAAUUCGGAACCCUCUUCGGAAUGAUUUUUGAACCAGCUGCUGAUGCCAUGUUCAGAGUGAACUUUGUGGAAAACGCCCUUACCCCAUUCGCCCACGACUUUUGUGACUUUGUUUUAGGGUUGGCUCUUGGAUUCCAAAAGACUUCAACUCCACUCUCCAACUGCUACAAUGACACCAAGGCUAUCAGAGCUGCUUAUGAUAACGUAGAUGCUAUGGUUGAUAAAUGCUUGAAAUUCAGCUUCUCCUCUUGCAACAACGUCCCAGCCAUGUUGACCAUUUUCAACACCCAAGUUAUGGCAAGCUACAACAAAUGCAAUAUUGAACUUUUAAUUAACGACAUCCAAGGACUUAAAGAGCCAGUAAACUUCAGCCAAAGUGUAUUCCUUUACUUCAGCAAUGAAGUCUUAAUCAAAGGAUACAUUGCAAAUAUGGAAAAGGCUUUCGCUAAAGGAGACUUCUUGACUGCUGGACAAAACUUCUCAUCGAUCUUCCGAGUUGUCCUUGGAUUUUCAGUUAACUAA